AUGACACCAGUUAGCCCGGAACCAGAUUCAUUUGCAUCAAAAUGGCGACAAGUGCGAGCAUGUGCUCGAUGUCGUAGACUCAAAAUGAAAUGUUUCUUUGAAGAUCCACGGUUUGAAUCUUGUAGUCGUUGUUCAACUGCUGGGUUUAAAUGCUCCAUUGAUGAAGAUCCAAGUGCCUUGCUUUCAAGACGAAAGCGCAAGAAAGCUUCUCCUAAACUUGACACUAAGUCAAAUCUGGCCUUGGCAGAAUUUGAAAGCGCAUCGAAGCGAGCAUUGACAUAUUUAAACAACAAAACUGCUUUAUCUGAGCUACCCUAUGAUCAGGUCCAAGGAAUUAUCAAAAGUUGUAAAGAUAUAGUAUCAAGGUUAGAACUGUCCACAUCUGUUCUAAAGAGUGAUGAAUACCCAACCAUAUCAUACUCAGAAAAUUUAGUUAAACAGGUAAUUGAACUCGAUAAGAGCUUCACAAUAGAAGGUAUACGAAGGAGAUUCCAUUACUUCAUAAAUAAUAUCGUUCCCUAUUAUCCAAUUAUUUCCUUCUCAAACGACUUGAAAGAUUUUGAUACCGUGCUUGAGAAGCAUCCCUUAUUAUUAGCAGCAUGUAUUUCUGUCACCGCUCUCAAUAAUUUCCAACCAUCAUUGAUUUCAGAAUCGAUUCCAAAUUCGAAAUUAUACAAUAUGAUGGCUCAUUAUCUAUAUGAGUCAAUUGCAUACCAUGUCUAUAUCAAAUGCAAUAAUUUUGAGGUUCAAUUGAUAUAUGCAUGCUUGAUUGUAUCGUUAUGGUGUUUACCACCUAACAAAUUCGGACAUUUCAGAAAUCAAUUAAAUACAUUAACAGCAUUCAAUAUCUCGAUGUGUAUUGGGUUAAAUGAGGUUCCCAAAUGUGAGUCAAAUACCUUGUUGACAGAUUCGAGUGAGAUAAGGAAUAACUUAAGAGCAAUGUUGAGUGUAUAUUGUACUUGCGGAUCUUUGGAGAUGUCACUUAGGAGAUUUAAAAUUGUAUCUUGGACUAAGAGUCAUGAGAGAGCAAUUGAAUUACUCAUGAGACCAGGAGAUGGCUUACCUACGUUGGAAGAUAGAUAUAUAUGCUAUGUAUCGCGAUUGAUGUCUACGGGCCAAGAUAUUUUGGAGUUUAUUCAGUCGUUAAGCAAUGAAACUGAGAAGGGGCAAGGGAAAGGAACAGUUUCAUUGAGUCGAAUGAGAGAGAAAACGGACAGCUAUGAGUUAGGAUUAGCCACUAUUAUGAAAGAAAGUGGGUUUGAUCACGCGGGAAAGAGCAACAAUAAAGAAGAAUGUGUUUUUCGAAUGCAACAUCAUUAUUUGAUAAUUACGAUUUAUGAAAGUCUUAUAAAUAGUGCAUUGAGCAUCAUUAAUUCUAAAGCAAAGGAUAUGAUAUUGGAUUCCAAUGUAGAAGCUAGCUGUCUUGGGAAUAUAAAUAAACUCAUUACCAUCUGGGAAGAGCUCCUAGCUGACUUUACAAAAUUGAAUCAAGCUGAAAAUGUCAAUUACCCAACUACACUAUAUUAUAAACCGUUCCAUGCGUUAAUACUUUUGAUCAGAUUAAGGAUAUCAUUGAAAUCUCAUAAUUUUGUCAAUCUUGACAAGUCCGUUCUUGAAAUUGAUAUAGAAUCAUAUUUUGACAAGAUAUCAACCAUAAUAAAUAAUAACAUAACAGAGCAUGGUUCCCUUGUAUGUACUCAAAUGGUGAGUUUGCUAGCAAAGAUAGAGAAAUGGAUGAAACUAUCAAAGCUAUAUGCGACUUCUACUGAUGGAUCAUUGAACGAUUUAGCUAACAUAAUUGCCAUGAACAAAGGAAAAGAGAUUGAAACUUUGGAAGUUCCCAAAACUCUUCUAGAUGCUCCGUCGAGACGGUUACCUAAUAUAGAGCUAAAAAGUCAGCUGAUACUACCAUCUCUGGAGAGUACUAUUUCCCAAAGUGUGCGACUAGGUGAACUGGAUUCUUCAUCUUAUGAAAAGACAAUAGAACGCUUGCUCCAAGAGUUUGAUAUGGAGAUAAUCGAUUUUUUGAAAGAUACAGACUCAUCUAUGGAUUUCUUGCCAUUAAAUACUGGAAAUUUAUGGGACGUGCCAGGUAGUUCUACUGGUUUACAUUAG